AUGAAGGCUGCUCCGCUCCUGGUGUCCUGGCACAACGAGAACGCGCCCAUCUACUCGGCGCACUUUGAGCCCCACGGCAAGGGACGCCUGGCGACAGCGGGCGGCGACAACAACGUGCGGCUCUGGAGCGUCGAGGCGCACGGCGAGGAGCGCACCGUCUCCUACCUGUCGACUCUGGCCAAGCACACGCAGGCCGUCAACGUGGUGCGAUGGUGUCCACGGGGCGAGAUGCUCGCGAGCGCCGGCGACGACGGCAACGUGCUGCUCUGGGUCCCCGCCGAGAAGCAGGCGGCGCACAACUUGGACGAGGGCCUCGAAGACAAGGAGACGUGGCGAGUCAAGGCCAUGUGCAGGUCCAUAGGCUCCGAGAUCUACGACCUGGCCUGGUCCCCUGACGGCGUCUUCUUCAUCACAGGCAGCAUGGACAACAUUGCCCGCAUCUACAACGCUCACACUGGAAGCAUCGUGCGGCAGAUUGCCGAGCACAACCACUACGUCCAGGGCGUUGCCUGGGACCCCAUGAACGAGUACAUUGCAACCCAGUCGUCGGACCGCUCCGUCCACAUCUACACCCUGAAGAACAAGGACGGCCACUUCUCGCUGGCCCAGCACAGCAAGGUCACCAAGAUGGACCUGCCCGCCCGCCGCGUCUCUUCCAACAGCCCGGCGCCCCCAGACUUCGGCAGCCGCGCCUUUGCCGCUGAUGCUGCCAUGGCAAUCGGCUCGCCCGUGCCGUCGAUGCCCGGCACGCCCCAGUCGCUGGCCCUGCCCACGAUGCAUCCGCCGCCGACCUCGCACAGCCGUCGUUCGUCCUUCGGCUCCUCUCCAUCCAUGCGCCGCUCCGCCUCGCCCGCUCCGUCCAUGCCCCUGCCCGCCGUCAUGCCAAACUCCCCCAGCAUUGGCACCAUGGGCCCCAUGGGCCUCCGCAACGCGCCCCUCUACUUCAACGAGACCCUGACCUCCUUCUUCCGACGUCUUACAUUUGCCCCGGACGGCAGCUUGUUGUUCACGCCGGCAGGCCAAUACAAGGCCGUGCAUGCGUCCGUUGCUGAAGCCAAGCAGACCGACGACAUCACGAAUACAGUCUACAUAUAUACCCGGGCCGGCCUUAACAAGCCACCCGUCGCCUAUCUGCCCGGCCACAAGAAGCCCUCGGUCGCCGUCCGUUGCUCGCCCGUCUACUAUACCCUGCGCCAGUCUGCCCCACCCACCAGGCACAUCACCAUCGAUACUUCGAAUAUGGACGAUGAGAUUCCUUCUCUGCCUGAUCCAGUCAUGCCCUCGAAGCCCCCUACCUCGCAUUCAUCCAUGGACCCCCCGCCCAUCACGAGUGCGCCUUCUCCCUCGCCUAGCCUAUCAGCGCCGUCGCCCAAGCCCGCUGAUGGCGAAGCAUCCGCUCAAUCCGGCCUGCCCCCCGGGCCUCCGUCUGCCUUUACACUGCCUUAUCGCAUGAUGUAUGCUGUCGCAACACAAGACGCUAUCCACAUCUACGAUACGCAGCAACAGAAGCCCCUAUGCAUCGUCAGCAACUUGCACUUUGCUACCUUUACAGACAUCACCUGGUCAAAUGACGGCUCCAUGCUGCUGAUGACCUCGUCGGAUGGCUUUUGCUCAUCCAUCACAUUUGCUCCUGGCGAACUCGGCGACAAGUACACGGGUCCUUUAGCUGUUCAUAGCCGACCACAGCAGACACCUGCUGCCAUCAACACCACGGGGGGGCACACAUCAAACAACUCUACCCCGACUCCUACACCAACAAACGGAACCAUGCCAGGCACCACAACGGCUACUGCACCACCAAUGCAGAGGCAACCCUCUGCAGGCUUCCCGGCCUCUCCGAGCUCUUUUGUUCCCGCAAGGCCUGGAAGUCCCACAAGAAGCAAUUCAGUAUCCAGUAUUGCUACUGCUUCAUCCUUUGCGCCCGGUGCAGGUGACCAAAGCAACAUGAACGCCCCAACGCCGGCUAUGUCAUCAGUGCCUAGUAUUGCUGCUGCCAAUUCUGGACCUGUACCGAUGUGGACACCGCCUCUGACCCCAGCUCACGGCCAGGGCACGACGCACAGUGCAAGUAGCUCGGUCAGCGGGGUACCAAGCACUGCCCAUGUUGGGCGAAGAGAAAGCGAAAUGAGCGAGUCAGACCGCGACGAUGCAUCUUCGACUUCCAAGAAACGAGAUUUGUAUGCUAUGCCGGAAGUUGAUGCAGAUGCGCGAGAGAGUAAGCGACGAAGGAUUACACCAACACCGGUCACGAUGGUCGCGGAAGGCGACAGUGCUAUUGCCAGCACCGAAGAGAGUACUCCGACACAAACACCCGGGCAUAAGAUGGACGAUCAGAGCCAAGUUCACGACGGGAAAGUGCAAGAGCACGAGCACGAUGUUGAACACCAGCACGCCUGCGGUGAAACGAGUAGCUUGGGUAAAGACGACAUCUUACAACUCACUGAUCCUGUGCUGAAUGCCAAAAUGCAUCUGGUUAACAAUGCGAUCGAUGAGAUCGGUUUCACGACGUAUCAAUGGAAGCUCUUUGUCCUGAAUGGUUUUGGCUACGCCGUUGACUCCCUCAUCCUACUCAUUCAGUCCGUCAUCGCCGCGCAAGCCGCCCUUGAGUUCAAGCCUUCCUACCGAAACGGCCUGACCAUCGCUGCUUACGUCGGAAUGCUCACGGGAGCCUUAUUCUGGGGCUUAUCAGCCGAUAUCAUCGGCCGAAAGACAGCGUUUAACGUUAGUUUGCUGAUUUGCUCGAUCUUUGCAAUUGUGGCUGGAGCAAGCCCAAAUUGGGAAGUCUUGGGCUUGUUCGUAUGUUUGAGUGCUUUUGGCGCCGGAGGAAAUUUGGUGUUGGAUACGGCAGUGUUCUUGGAGUAUCUGCCUAGCUAUAGGCAGUGGAUGCUUACGCUCAUGGCAGCUUGGUGGGGCAUUGGUCAGCUCGUAGCUGGCUUUUUUGCCUGGGCCUUCCUUCCAAAUUUUAGCUGCGCAGACCCAUCCCUCGAUCCCACGGCAGGCCCCUGUACAAAGUCUAACAACCAAGGUUGGCGCUACGUAUGGUACGCUUCUGGAUCCUUGGUUUUUGUAAUGUCUAUUCUCCGCAUCACCAUCAUCCGUCUCAAGGAGACUCCCAAAUUCCUCGUCAGCGAAGGUAAAGACGCCGAGUGCGUCGAAACCCUCCACUUCAUUGCCACCAAAUACAAUCGACCUUGUAGUCUCACCGUCACCCAGAUGCAAGACUGUGGCACCGUAGAUCGUAUCGCUGCACGUGGAAAUCAGAGUAAAUGGGGCUUGGGAGAGAUCAAUAUGCACCUCCGCGGCCUGUAUUCCACGAAGCGAAUAGGUAUUAGCACAUCGUUGAUCUGGCUCUCGUGGACAUUGAUAGGCCUCGCCUACCCCCUCUACAAUGUCUUCCUCCCCGCCUACCUCUCCUCUCGCGGCGCCGCCUUCGGUGAACCAUCACCCUACAUCACUUGGCGCAACUACACCCUCGUGAACUUUAGCGGGAUUUGGGGACCUGUGCUAGCGGGCUACAUGUGUCAUACGCGCCUUGGUCGUAAGUAUACCAUGGUUAUUGGAGCAUUGGUCACCAUGGCUUUCUUCUUCGCGUACACGCAGGUCAGGACUGCUGUUCAGAAUGUGGCGUUCACAUGCAUCAUCAACUUCUGUUUAAAUAUCUACUAUGGCACGCUGUACGCUUAUACGCCGGAGGUGCUGCCUAGUGCGCACAGAGGUACCGGCAACGGGAUCGCGAUUGCCUGGAACAGGGUUAUGGGAAUCUUGAGUGCCGUUAUUGCGACGGUCGCUGAUACGGGAACCGCUGUCCCGAUAUAUAUUUGCGCCGCGUUGUACAUCCUCAUGGCAGGCAUUGCGGCGAUUUUUCCAUUUGAGCCCUAUGGCCGGAGAAGUUCAUGA